CCUCUCCCUUCUUCCCUCUCCCUUCCCCUUCCGGCCGUGAAGAAAUUCUGUUUCUCUUUUUUUUUUUUUUUUUUUCAACAAGCACUCUUUUGGAGAGAAAAAGCAACUGAAGAAGAAGAAAAAGCGAUGGAGGGCCUCUCGUAUGGAACAAGAUCCGACGGUUUGGAGAGGUUUGGCCGGGAAAGGAGAGAGCCAGAGGAUGAAAUUUUUGAAUUUGCACAGGAAACAAUGGAGGAGGAAGAAGAGGAGACGACGAAGAGCAACCUAACAGCUGGGCUGUGGAGGAGCGACGAAGAAGACGACGAGGAGACAUGGGUGAAGAGCAAGAAGAAUAAGGAGAAGAAACAGGUGUUUCUUCAAGGCUAUGUAGAGGCGGCUAAUGAGCUUGAUCUGAAGAGGGGGAAGAGCUUGACUGGUGAGGAUCUAGAUGAGUUGAAAGGGUGUCUGGAUUUAGGGUUUGGAUUCAGCUAUGAAGAAAUCCCUGAGCUCUAUAACACCUUGCCGGCUCUUGAGCUUUGCUAUUCAACGAGCCAAAGAUUUCUUGAUGACCACCAGAAGUCGGCGGACUCCCCGUCGUCGGCCACCGAGACGUACUCAUCGCCGUGGGGGCCGAUUGCCAACUGGAAGAUCUCCAGUCCUGGACAUUCCACCAUUCUAUAUUAUAUUGUAUUUGUAGCAAAGCCAGGAAUGGUGUAUGCAUGCGUGGUUUAAGCAUUGUUGAUGGCUGAUGGGUGAUGCUGAAGAAUUUUGGCUCUGGGCUCUGCUAUCUUUAUCUUAUUCUGUGCGGUGUAAACAUAUGGCAAAAUUUUGUUACCUUGUAAAAGUCUAAAACUUUUAUCA